GUCGCGACUGCGGAGCGCCUUCGCCGCCGGGACUCGCCGCUGUUCGGAGGCGCGCUUUGCACUCGCACUGCCCGUGGGGGUCACCAUGAGGCGCCUGGGCUCGGUGCAGCGGAAGAUGCCGUGUGUGUUUGUGACGGAGGUGAAAGAGGAGCCCUCCGCCAAGAGGGAGCAUCAGACAUUUAAAGUUUUGGCAACUGAAACUAUAAGUCACAAGGCAAUAGAUGCAGAUAUAUACAGUGCAACUCCAACAGAAAAAGUGGAUGGAACAUGUUGUUACGUUACUACCUACAAAGGUAAACCGUAUCUGUGGGCUCGACUAGAUAGAAAACCUAACAAACUAGCUGAGAAAAGAUUUAAAAAUUUUCUACAUUCAAAACAAAACUCAAAAGAAUUUUUUUGGAAUGUUGAGGAGGACUUCAAACCUGUUCCAGAGUGCUGGAUACCAGCGAAGGAAAUUGAACAGUUAAAUGGAAAUCCCAUGCCUGAUGAAAAUGGACACAUUCCCGGUUGGGUACCAGUGGAGAAAAACAACAAACAGUAUUGCUGGCAUUCCUCGGUAGUUCAUUAUGAAUUUGAAAUCGCCCUGGUACUGAAGCAUCAUCCUGAUGAUCCCAAUCUUUUGGAAAUUAGUGCAGUGCCACUGUCAGAUCUCUUAGAACAGACGCUGGAGCUUAUAGGAACAAAUAUUAAUGGAAACCCAUAUGGUCUAGGAAGCAAGAAGCAUCCAUUACAUCUUCUUAUACCACAUGGAGCAUUUCAAAUAAGAAAUCUACCGACCUUGAAACACAGUGAUCUGUUGUCCUGGUUUGAAGGCUGCAGAGAGGGUAAAAUUGAAGGAAUAGUAUGGCAUUGCAGUGAUGGCUGUUUAAUCAAGGUCCAUCGCCAUCAUCUUGGUUUAUGCUGGCCAAUUGCAGAUACUUACCUGAAUUCAAAACCAGUUGUUAUUAACAUGAACCUGAACAAAUAUUCUUUUGAUACUAAAUGUUUAUUUAAUCAUUUUUCAAAAAUAGAUCAUCAGAAAUUUAGUAGGCUGAAAGAUAUAACACUGGAUGUGUAACCUAGAAAUGUAAUUAAAAACCAGCUCUGUUGUUAUAUUUGAAUCUUGAAUAUUCUACCGUGUUUGAAAGGUGAAAAUAUCUCAAGGUUCCUGUUUAUUGUUCAGUGUCUAAUGGAGCAAUAUGUCUUCUAGCAUUUGAAGAAAUGAAUAUCCCAGUUGGAAAUACCUAUUCAAAUCUUGUUUAGAAUCAGCAAGUGAAUUUUAACCGCUGGACGUAAGUAAUAGUAAGUAAUAGUAAGAUCCCCAGCUUGUAUAAAGGGUGGGAUUCUGUCCAUUGUAACUGGGUAGUAAUUUAAAGACAACAAUGAAACCAACAGUUUUGGAUCAUUUACUUUCAAAAUUAAAUAGUUUAAACUGAACUUAAUCUUGCUAGAUAUUU